CCUGAGACUCUCGGGGCCUCUUGGAACCACGUUCUUCCCCUCCAGCCAAUAAUAGACCGCCACGUGUCUAAUAACACGUCUCCCUCACCAAUCAGGAAAAGGCGGUGACGACCUUCCUAACACAGCUUCUCCCUUUAUAAGGUCGGUGGGGUUCAUGAGAAACGAACUACAAGGAUCUUGUUCGUUCGCGUUCGUCAAUUUGAUUUCCUUCGGUUCGAUCGAUUCCGGCUUAAACGUUUCUUCUCCGGCGUAAUCAUGACGACAUCACGACGCCUCGCGGACAGGAAGGUGGAGAAGUUCGAGAAGAACAUUACAAAGAGAGGAGCUGUGCCUGAAACGACGACAAAGAAGGGAAAUGAUUACCCAGUUGGUCCUAUCCUCCUCGGGUUCUUCGUGUUCGUCGUCAUUGGAUCAUCUCUCUUCCAGAUCAUCAGGACAGCUACUAGCGGAGGAAUGGCUUAAAUCGCUCCUGCGAUCUCAAAACUGUUUUGAGGAGAGAGAAGUUUAUCAGAAUCUGUUCAAUCUGAUAUCAUGUCUUCCAACAUACUGUAGAACGGGACAAAGUUCUGUUGAACUGUUUUUUCAGUCUCUUGUAGCCAACAUUUUUUUAACCGACUUUGAAUAUGUUAUGUUACCAUCCAUCCAUC